AUGGGUCCCAAUGUGAAGGACAAUCCAAUGCCAAGUCAUGGUCCUUCAUCAGUGAACAAUAUAGAAGUUUGUCUCAAUGAACAACGUGUUACGAAGAUAGAGGAGAUUCGGCAGUCUUUGGUUGAAAUUCAUUCUGUUUUAUGUGCUCAUGGUCUAUUCCAACAUGACCACCGGAUCUGUGGUACAUGUUCAGUCAAUUCAAGAGGUUGUAGAAAGAUUCAAGAUGAUUUGCAAGGCGUCCUUGAUCAGGGUUUGAUUCAGAUUUCUAGACAAGUGAGUUCUCCAAAAACACAAGAACAAGAGGUGAAUGUCAUCAUUCCCUGCUUCAACAUUCCAGAGAAAGUAGAGAUAGCUUAUCAUCCGAGGGAGCCAGUGGUGAUUUGCCCUCCGGGCCCAAUGCCUUACACUUCAGAUAAAGUGGUCCCCUACCGCUAUGCAGCAACUAUUAUUGAGAACGGUAAAGAGGUCGAGAUUAAAACCUUAGCCUCAGUUACCAAUAUCGCAGCAAAUAGCCGAAUGACGCGCAGUGGCCGCGUGUUCGCUCCGCCGGUUAUCCCAAGUAGAAAUGUUGAGAAAGAUCCAGUAGUCGUGGUACCAGUGACAAGAGAAGCAGAAGGGCAAACAAGCAAUUCAACCCUUGACAAAGAAACAGAUGAACUACUCAGAAUUAUCAAGCUCAGUGACUACAAAGUGGUAGAUCAGUUGCUACAGACACCGUCAAAAAUCUCGAUCCUGUCCUUAUUAUUGAACUCAGCUGUCCACAGAGAAGCACUACUGAAGGUGCUUGAUCAAGCCUUUGUAGAACAGGAUAUAACAGCAGAGCAGUUCAACAAUGUUGUAGGCAGCAUCACUUCGUGCAAUGGCUUAGGCUUUUGUGAUGAAGAACUGCCAGAAGAAGGAAAGAAUCACAACUUCGCUCUCCAUAUCUCAGCCAAUUGUCAAGGGGAUUCUUUGUCUAAUAUCCUAAUUGACACCGGUUCAUCUCUGAAUGUCAUGCCCAAGUCUACCUUGUUGAAGCUAAAGUACAAAGGGGGGCAAAUGCGGCACAGUGGAAUUAUUGUGAAAGCGUUCGAUGGAUCAAGAAAAACAGUCAUUGGAGAAGUUGAUUUGCCUAUUGGUAUUGGACCACACGUAUUCCAGAUCACUUUCCAGGUUAUGGACAUAGUGCCAGCUUAUAGCUGUCUGCUCGGACGCCCAUGGAUUCAUGAGGCGGGUGCCAUUACAUCCACGUUACACCAAAAGUUAAAGUUUGUCAAGAAUGGGCAAAUAGUGACGGUUAAUGGGGAGCAGGCUAUGCUGAUUAGCCACCUUUCAUCGUUUAGUGUGAUAGAAGUAGACGAGACGGCUGUUCAAACUCCAUUUCAGGCCCUGACCAUCGAUGAUUACAAGAAAAGUGAAGGUUCAAUCGCGUCAUUCAAAGACGCCCAGCAGAUUGUCAAGACAGGUCCUACAGAAAUGUGGGGCAAGCGGUGGGUUUAUCAACAUGGUAGCAGUUGA